AUGGGGGCCACGGGGAGCCUGGUGCUGCUGUUGGCGCUGCUGGUCCCCGCCAUGGGCCGAGCAGCACAGGGCUGCCCACAGGCCUCGGUCAUUGGGGGCGAGGAGGCUGAGCCGCACUCACGGCCCUACCUGGUGUCGGUGCAGCACCGGGGGACCCAUGCGUGCGGCGGGGCGCUGCUGCACCCGCGCUGGGUGCUCACAGCCGCACACUGUCUUCCCACGGGCACGGCCGCCCUGUGGAAGGUGGUUGUGGGGCUGCACAGCCUGGCCAAGGGGCAACCCCCAGCGCAGACAUUCGGCAUCCGUAUGGUCUGUCCUCACCCUGGCUACCGGUGUGACACCAUGGAGAAUGACCUGCUGCUGCUGCAGCUUGAGCAGAAGGUGCCACUGAGCCGGACGCAGCGGCUCGUGGGGCUGCGGCAGCAGGAGCCAGCGGCCGGUGCCUCAUGCAGCGUGGCCGGCUGGGGUGUCAGCCGUGCCGGGCGCCCCUCGCCCCGGCUGCAGCAGCUGCAGGUCGUGGUCAUGGACGCCCGCAUGUGCAACAACAGUCGCUUCUGGGACGGCGGCAUCGCCUCCACCAUGAUCUGCUUCCAGGGCUGCCGACGGGGCUCGGCGCCCACCAAGGGUGACUCCGGAGGCCCCUUGGUGUGUGGGAGGAGGGCAGCCGUGGCCGGUGUCAUUUCCUUCACUGGCCAGGACGCCACAGACCCCUUCAAACCGCCAGUGGCCACUUCAGUGGUCAAGCACCGCAAGUGGAUCCGGAGAACCCUGCGCUCCAGCUGCCCUGGCCACAUCGGACACACAGACCAGCCCAUCCCACUUACAUAGCAGCAGAGAGGCCUCUGCGCUUAUCAUCAUCCGGA